GCCUACAUCGGGCCGCCAUCGGAGCACGCCCGAUACGAGGUACUCCGGUCGGCAGUACAGGAGCUCGGGCGCGCAGGCGUGCUUGGGGACCUGCCGCCUUCCCGGCAGCUGCCGCACUACCAUGACGUCAGCGGGGACGCGUGCGGGGGGCCUGCAGCAGCGGACGGGGCGGCGGCGUGUGGCGGCAACGGCGGCGGGGCCGACGGGGCGCAGGAGGGGCCGCGGCGGCCGAGCAGCAGCGACGCGAUGUGCACGGAUGCGACGGGCGCAGGCGCGGCGGCGGCGGCAGACGGCGAGCUGGCGGCUCUGCGGGCGCUCGGGCGGGCGCUGCGGCGGGCGGCGGCCGAGGCGGAGGGCUUCAGCGGCCGCGCGCUGCGGAAGCUGCCGUUUCUCGCGCACGCGUCGGGCGCGGGCCUGCCGGUGCCGUGCGGGUGCGCGCAGUUUUUGGCGGCUCUCCAGGGGGCCGCGGCGAGGGAGCGCGCCGACCGGUCCGAGCUCACCGCUGGAUAA